AUGGCCGGUGACAUAGCUAUGGAUGACGAGUUGAUUGAGUGUGGGGAGGAGACGUACGCUGCGGAUGUGCGGAGUGGUGGAGGGCAGUCGGCUGGAACCGGUUUGCGACAAACGGGGGAGGGGAUGUGGCGAACUGGUUCGGAUGGGAGGAGUAUUGGUUGUAGCGAAAGGAAUAGUGUGGAGAAUGUGCAUGGGGUGGGAGAAGGAGGGGGUAAGGGCGGUGGGCAAGGUUGGCAGGAAGCAUUAAUUGGAGAGGUUGGUAGAGGGGAGGGCGGUGGACGUGGUAGGCAGCAUGCUUUGGAUGAAGAAAUUGGAAGAGGGGAGGGCGGUGGGCGUGGUAGGCAUCAUGUGUUGGUUGGAGAAAUUGGUAGGGGGGAGGGCGAUGAUGUAGGCAGUUUAGGUGGAAGGGGGAUGGGUAGGCAGCGAGGGAGGGGGGAGGGGGCGGCAGUACGGCAGCCGGGGGUGGGGGUGGUGGAUGUUGCGGGGUUAACGGAUAGGUGGGCGGAUUAG